AUGCUGCCGUUGUCAAAAAGUUGCAAUGUGGUUAUGUUUGUGUUACUGUUUGUCUUGUGCGUUAUCGGAAGCAGCGGGAAACCCUCUUUCCCGUUUCAUCUUCCCACUAUCGGCGUCUUUGGCCAACAGCAAAGUGGCGAGUCGCCUAUUUUACUGAAAAAUUACACCGGGAAGAGAAUCGACAAUAAUUCUAUAAGGAUGGUGUAUUUUAAUGAUCAAACUGUUGCUGUGGUGGAGUUGGGACCCAAUAAAUUAUUGUUGAAUUGUGAACUAAUUGAAAUUGUAGAACAAAAUCAACUUUUCGAAGUUCUGGGUGAAUUGAAAGCGCACGCGCGACCAGUAGGAAUAUCAUUUAUGGAAAUGGUUACAUUGAUGGGCCAAUGCAAACAACUGGAAGAAAGAAGGACCAUUAAGAAUAGAGAACUUUUAAAAAACGACACACUAGCUGCAAGCCAAGGAAGAAAAUUAUCUAAUCCCUUUACUUUACUAAGUGGAAUCAUUCCAGGUACCAAAUGGUGUGGAACUGGCGACAUCGCUAAAGACUAUUACGAUUUAGGUAUAGAAAAAAUUGUAGAUACAUGUUGCCGCGCCCACGAUCUAUGUCCAGUUAAAAUUAGAGCCUAUUCGAAAAAAUAUAACUUAACGAAUAAUUCGUUAUACACAAAGUCGCAUUGUAAAUGCGACGAUGAUCUAUAUAACUGUUUAAAAAAGGCGAAUUCCUCGAAUACGGCUCAGUUAAUGGGGAACAUUUAUUUCAAUUUGGUUCAAGUGCCUUGUCUGGAAGACACGAAAGAAGGAAGAACGUUUAGGAAUGCUAGGAAUAAUUUUUGA